AUGGGUGAUUUUCUGGUGCAAGCAGAUGAUAUAAGCGGACUGGAUCUACUUCUCAUCCUCCGGGAAAAAAGAUUUACACAACGACUCUUAACAACUUCAUGUCAAACUGGAGCUAUGGCGAGACUUAAUGAGAUACAUUUAUCUACACAGUCUUCAACGAGAUUCCCGGAAGAGGAAGAAGGAAAGAAUAAGAAGAACGAGACGAUAAUGACAACGCCGACGACGAUGUAAGAGAACGGAAUCAGGACUAAUAGCCAUUACAUCAAAGACAAUUUGUCGAAGAAUACACGACUAAUAGAUACUUGUAACAUACCAUUUCCUGAAAUAUAAACUGCAAACAACCAUUAUAU